AUGGCAGAUUCAAAUAAAAUAAAUUCAAAUAUAAAUAAUAAAACUAAUAGUGUAAAUAAUUUAAAAGAUAAUAGUUUCGUUAUGCCCCCUAAUCAACAACAACUACUACAACAACUACAACAACUACAACAAACAUCACCGCCAACUCCACCAACACCGCCAACUCUACCAAUACCACCACCAAUAAUUGAUAGUAUUACAAAUAAUAAAAAUAAUAAAUCUCCACCAACAAAUAAUAUAAACAAUGAUUCUGGCACCGAAAAUAACAUUGGACCCUCGUUUAAUAGGUGCAGCAACAUCAAUAACCCAUCGUAUAAAAAAAGCUCUUAUAAGAAGGCAAAUCCAGUAAUAAACACCGAUAUAAAUACCACUUCUUGUAAUAUUAAUAACAUUAUAAACAACACUUUAAACAAUAUAAAUAUGAGGCAUCAUAUGAAUAGCUGUUUAAAUAUUAAAUCAAAUAAUAAUAUGAAUAAUAAUAUGAAUAAUAAUAUGAAUAAUAUGAAUAUGAAUAACAAUAAUAAUAAUAUGAAUAAUAAUAAUAAUAAUAAUAAUAAUAAUAAUAAUAAUAAUAAUAAUAAUAAUAAUAAUAAUAAUAAUAAUAAUAAUAAUAAUAAUAGAUUGUUUUUAGUUGAUAACAAUCAAACACCAAGCGAACAAACAAAAAAACCCGAUUCCUCAAAAAAAACAACAACCACCACUUCCCCCACAUCUUCAUCACCCACAUUAACAGAUUCAUCAAAUAAAAAUAGCAACCAUUCAGACGAUGAAGAAUAUUUUAAUCCAAAAAUAGAAUAUAAUGAUGGAUAUAUUAAAUUUAAUAGAAUAGAUAAUUUUUCAUUUAAUAAUAUUACACCCGAUUUAGAAUUAAUUAUAAAAAACUAUUAUUUAUCUAAAGACAAAGAAAACUAUGAAUUUCCUCAAGACUCCCAAGAGCUAAUCAGAAGGUAUUACAAGCAUCAAUAUUUGUAUUACUCUAUUCAAUCCACAAGAUCGCUACAUUCAUUUUACACUCUUCAUAUUGGUGACAAUUUGAAAAAGUUUAAGAAAUAUUUAGAUGAUACAUACAAACUUUUAGGUAGCGAUUUAUAUUUUAAACCAAAUAGUACACGUAUGAAUUACAAAAGAGAACUUGAAAGGACAUUAGAAAGCUAUAGAGGAAGAGGGCUCGAAUUUAAAAGUGAAGACAAAAUAGGAUUAAAGACAAAACAUUAUAAAAAAGUGUAUAUAGGUUUGUUUCCAGAAUCAAUGCAUAAUGGUACUGAUGGCCACACAAAAAUUUCAACAAUUCAAAAGGAACUAUCAGAUAUUUAUAAAGUUAGCACCAGAGAUUUGGUAAAUUGCUUCGACUCAUCAAACUGUAAAUGUGCAAAAGGAUAUUUAGCUACUCUAAAAAGGCAACAAGAAAAGAAUAAAAUGGUUAAAGAAAAAAGACAAAUACAAAAGAAAGAAAAAAAUAGAAAAAAGAAUAGGUAUUACAAAGAUAAAUACAAAAAGCUAAGGCUAUUAAAUGAACAAAGCAAAGAUAAUGACAACAAUGAAUGCGAUGAAGACGAUGAAGAUGAUGAAAAUGACGAAAAUGAUACCCUGUCUAAAGAAUAUGAAUAUGGUGAAGAUUAUGAAAACUAUGAAGAUGAUGAGGGUGAUGAAGAUGACAACGAAGAUGAUGAAGAUGACAACGAAGAUGAUGAAGAUUGCGAAUAUGACGAUGAGGACUCUGAAUAUUCUGAAAAUACUAACAAAGAAAUUAGAAAUAAUGAUAAUAACGAUAAUGAUAAUAUUAAUAAUAAUAAUAAUAGUAAUAAUAAUAACAAUAAUAAUAAUGACGAUAGUGAUGAUAAUGAUGAUGAAUCAAUACCAAAAUCAAAAUCAAAAUCAAAAACAAAAUUAAAAUCCAAAGAGAAAAACACCAAAAACUAUAAUAGCAGCGAUAGCGAUCGUGAUUGUGGUAGUGAUUCCAGUGAAGACCAUGAAGACAAUGCCAAUGGGUACUAUGAUGCAAUGAAUAGCGAUGACGAAGAACAAUUAAAAUCCAUCAAUAAUUCAAAGAAUAUUCAAAAUGUAAAUAUAACCACUCAAAACCUAUCAGAACAACUCAACCUAAAUUCAGACAGCAAACCAAGUAUAACCCAUCUUUCUAUUCUUGGCAAAAAGUAUUAUAAAAUUAAUGGUGUUUUUCUAGACUCGAUUCCAUUUCAAAUACUGUGCAAUAUAGCAAGAGAUUAUUAUAAAAUUCAACUAGAUGAAAAAAAAGUUACUUUUUAUGAAACUUUACAAGUCAUAACCAACAAAGUAAAGGAAUAUAUUAAGUCAAAUCAAAUUCCUGAAGAUCCAUGUGACUGUAUGAUAUGUAUCAACGGCCCACCGCCAUCAUUACCACCAAUUGACACCUAUUCUCCAGCCGAUUGGUUAGAAAGAGUUAAAAUUAUAUUAUUUAUAAUAACUAGAUCCAAUCUUAAACUAGCAAAUGAAAUCGAAGAGCAACGUAGAUUACUAGACAAUACAAGCGAAAAUGAUACAGAAAUGUCUGAAGAACAGAUCCGAAAAAGAGAAAUCUCCAAAAUCUCAAUCAACCUUAAAGAUGCCUAUGCCUUUAUGGAAUCACAUAGCUCAAAAUUAAAUUUAGAACUAAAUUAUAAAAGCUAUUGGAGGAAAUAUGUACCAGAGAAACUAAGAAAUAACCCAUCCUUUUUUUCAUCAUCUAAAGAAGAAAUGAACGUUGUUGGUUUCUGGAGAUUAAUCAAUACUAAUUAUAAUCCUUGGUCACCAAACUCUUCAAAUAAUAUUGAAAAUAAUGGAAUCAAUACUAAAAGCAAUAGUAAUUUAGAUAGCAAUUUAAACAAUAAUAGUGGUGAUAAUAAUAUAGAUAUCAAUACUAAUAUAGAUAAUAUAGAUAAUAACAAUUUAGAUGAUAAUCAUUUGGAUGUUAAUUUAGAAAGCAAUUCAAAAUUUAAAAAAAGAAAUUUAAAUGAAGAAAGAUGCGGUAUUAUUAAUGUUAAGGGUAAACCAUGUCGAAUUCCAAAGAGAUCCUGUAGACAUCAUAUAUAUAAAAGAAGAAAUCAAAAAAAGAUUCAAAUGGCCGCUCAAACCAAUACAAAUGUAAAAGAAUAUGAUUCAGACUCUUUUAACUAUAGUGAUAAUGACGGUGACUCAACCUCGAGUGAUGAUUUAAACUCAAGCAGUAACAGUGUUGAUAAUGAUUCAGAUUCAGAUUCAGAUUCAGACUCAGACUCAGACUCAGAUGCAGAUUCAGAUUCAGAUUCAGACUCAAACAAUAUUGAGGAUGACUCAGAUUCAACCAAUGACCCAAAUCAAAAAAUUAACUGCCAUAAUAUUAAAGGCAUCAAUAGUAUCAAAAUCAAAUCUGAAUUUGAAUCUGAACUCGAAUCUGAAUCCGAAUCUAAACAUGAACUCAAGUUCGAAAAUAAAACUGCCAAUAAUAAUACCUGCGAUAAUGAUAAUAAUAUCGACAAACUCAACAAACCUUUAUCAGAGAAUCCGCCCACUCAAAACCAAUUAGAUUCAUCUGACUUGGACCCUGACACGAUUCAAUCCUCUUUAUUCUACUCCAAAGAUAAAAAUCACAGUUCGGAUAAUUUAAUACCAAAUAGUCCUUUAAAACACAACAAUGGUCAUGGUGAUUACGAUAUGGGCAAUGAUACAUUUCAAAUUGAUGAAUAUGAUGAAAUUCGGCUUAAACUUCUUAAUCAAGAAUCAAAGCAAUCAAAUGAAAAUCGAAAUGAAAAUAUAUCAGAUAAAAAUCCAACUUUAUCAACCACCAGUAAUAAAAGCAAUGAAGAAAAAAUCGCACCCCAUAAACCUUUAAAGAAAAGACCAUAUGAACACGAUAUAUCAAAGAAACCACCUAAAAAGAGAUUAAAUUUCGAACAAUCAGAUACCCUUAGUGCUAAUAGUAGUGAUAGUGCUGUCUCUAGCAAUAGUAAUGGUGUCGGUGCUGGUAGCUAUCAUAGUUUUGAUGAUAUUAAAGAAUUUGAAAACCAUAUAUUUAAACUUUUUUAUGCAAAUUUUAGUCAAAUAAUCAGUAGAAAUAAAGACCUAUCAUAUAAUGUUUCAAGAGAAUAUGUAAGAUUCAUGCUGCUAAAAAUUUAUGAUUCAGAUACAACCGGUCAAACAAAUAAAUUAGAGCCAAGUCCUUUAGUAGAAGAAUUUUGGCACACCCACAUCAUUGAUAUGAAUUCUUACAAUGAUUUUAAUAAAAUUUUAAAAACCCCAAUUAUAUGCAACCCAAACAAUUCAAGAGAUGAUAGAGACAGAAAAGAAAGAUAUGAAAGAACCAUCAAUUUAUACAAGAAAAUAUUUGGUGAUUAUAUAGACACCAAAAUUUGGCCCCCUAGUCAUUAUUACAAUUAA